CGGGGGGGCCUCCCCGAGGAGCCCCUGGGCGGGGGGGCGCAGCGCUUCCGCCGGCUCCGCUACCGGGAGUGCCAGGGGCCGCGGGGCGUCUGCAGCCGCCUGCAGCAGCUGUGCCGGGAGUGGCUGAAGCCCGAGCGGCGCAGCAAGGCCCAGGUGGUGGACCUGGUGAUCCUGGAGCAGUUCCUGGCCGUGCUGCCGGCGGAGAUGGCGAGCUGGGUGCGGGAGUGCGGCGCGGAGAGCUGUUCGCAGGCGGUGGCCCUGGCCGAGGGCUUCCUGCUGAGCCAGGCGGAGGCGGAGCGAGGGCAGCGGAUGCAGGAGCCGCUGAGGAAGGAGGUUGUGGUGCCUCCUGAAGGCAGGGAAGCUCUCCCUGGUCCCUCUUUGGAGCAGCUGUGGGGAAGGAUCUCUGAGGAGGAUCCAGCUGGGGUCCCGCUGCCACCCACAGGCAAUGGAAGGCUGUUGAUGGCAAUUGCUGAAAUACCUCCUCUUUGUGGUGGAGCAGCAACAGCUCAGGGCUUGGUAUCCUUUGAGGAGGUGGCUGUGUAUUUCACAGAGGAGGAGUGGACAUUGCUGGACCCCAGCCAGAGAGCCUUACACAGGGAAGUCAUGCUGGAGAAUUCUAGGAAUGUGGCCACUCUGGGUUAUGAGCAGGAGCAUGAGAGUUACAAGGAGCCCAGCAUAGUGCUAUUACAAAUUAUGAAGCCUGAAGAAGGGAUGUUUGGAAAUCGGGGGGAAUCACAAAGGCGUAAGAAAAGGUGCAUAACAAAUGGAGGGGUGAGAUCUCCGUCUGGAUCCAGUGAAGUCCAUGACCUCCCAAACCAGCAAGUUCACCAAGGAGAAGAAAAGGGAAAAUACUGCAGAUGUGGCAAAACAGACAAAGAGACAUCUGAUUUCAGUAAACAUUCUACAACUCAGAGUAAAGAGGAACAAUAUCAAUAUCAAGAACAUGGCCAAAGUAUCAGUCAUAUCUCUUCUCCUGCUUUACAUCACCAAUUGUACAUCAAAGAGACACCACAUGCAUUUAUAAAUUGUGGGGAAAAUUUCAGUUUGAGCGGUCAUCUUAUUUCCCAUAAAGAGGAGAAACUGUAUGAGUGUGGAAAUGGUUUCAGUAAGAAGCAAUUGCUUAUUUUACCCCAAAAAGUUCUCCCAAGCAAGAAGCCAUAUAAAUGUCUGCAGUGUGAAAAGACUUUCACUCAAAGAGGUAACCUUCUCAUACAUGAAAGGAUCCACACAGGGGAGAAACCAUAUGUAUGCUUGGUGUGUGGAAGAAGAUUCACUAGGAGUGGUCACCUUACAAGACAUAAAAGAAUUCACACAGGGGAGAAACCCUAUAAGUGCACUGAAUGUGGAAAGACUUUUAGUCUGAGAGAUAGUGUUAUGAGACAUAAACGCUUACAUGCAAGAGAGAAACCAUAUAAAUGCAUGGAACGUGGAAAGAGCUUCACUUACAGCAGUCAACUUGCUUGCCAUAAAAGCAUUCAUACAGGGGAGAAACCAUAUAAAUGUCUGGAGUGUGGAAAGAGUUUCAAUAAAAGUAGUUGCCUUACAUACCAUAAAAGAGUGCACACAGGAGAGAAACCAUAUAAAUGCACAGAAUGUGAAAAGAGCUUUAGUCAGAACAGUCACCUUACAAAACAUAAACGAAUCCACACAGGAGAAAAACCUUAUAACUGCCUGGAGUGUGGUAAGAGUUUUACUUACAGCAGCCAACUUAUUUACCAUAGAAGGAUUCAUACAGGGGACAAACCAUAUAAAUGUAUGGAGUGUGGAAAAAGUUUUAGUGCAAGCUCACAUCUUACAUAUCACAAAAGAGUGCACACAGGAGAGAAACCAUAUAAAUGCACGGAGUGCGGAAAGAGCUUCAGUCAGAACAGUAACCUGAUGAAACAUAGACGAAUCCAUGCAGGAAAGAAACCCUAUAAACUGUAUGAGUGUUGGAAGGGUUUCAGUAAGAGACAUUUGCUUAUUUUGCCCCCAAAAGUUUCCCCAAGAGAGAAACCCUAUAAAUGUACAGAAUGUGGAAAGAGCUUCAAUCAAGACAGUUACCUGAGGAAACAUAAGAGAAUUCACACAGGGGAGAAACCAUAUACAUGUUUUAAAUGUGGAAGGAAGUUCAGGGGAAGUGGUAGCUUUAUUACGCAUGUAAGAAUUCACACAGGGGAGAAACCAUAUAAAUGUUUGGAGUGCGGAAAGAGUUUCAGACAGAACAGUGUCCUUAUUUGCCAUAAAAGGAUUCACACAGGAGAGAAACCAUAUGAGUGCACAGAGUGUGGAAAGCACUUCAGUCAGAACAGUAACUUUAUCAAACAUAAAAGAAUUCACAGAGGGGAGAAACCUUGUAAGUGCACAGAGUGUGGAAGGAGGUUCAGUCAGAAAAGUCUACUUGUGCAACAUAAAAGAACACACACAGGGGAGAAACCCUAUACUGAAUGUGGAAAGUUUAUAACACAUAAAAGGGUGCACACUGGAGAGAAACCUUAUAAAUGCUUGGAGUGUGGAAAGAGCUUCACUUGCAGCAGAUACCUUACAUACCAUAAACGGAUUCAUACAGGGGAGAAACCAUAUAAAUGCAUGGAGUGUGGAAAGAGUUUCAAUGCAAACUCACAUCUUACAGAUCAUAUAAGAGUGCACACAGGAGAAAAAACAUAUAAAUGCACAGAGUGUGGAAAGAGCUUCAGUCGGAACAGUGUCCUUACUCGCCAUAAAAGGAUCCACACAGGAGAGAAACCAUAUGAAUGCACAGACUGUGGAAAGAGCUUCAGUCAGAACAGUGUCCUUUCUUGCCACAAAAGGAUCCACACAGGGGAGAAACCAUAUGCAUGCACAGAGUGUGGAAAGAGCUUCAUUCAGAAAAGUCUACUUGUGCAACAUAAAAGAAUUCACAGAGGGGAGAAACCCUGUAAAUGCACAGAGUGUGGAAGGAGGUUCAGUCAGAAAAGCCUACUUGUGCAACAUAAAAGAACACACACAGGGGAGAAACCCUAUAAGUGCACAGAAUGUGAAAAGAGGUUUAGUGUGAGAUGUAGCUUUAUGCGACAUAAAAGGGUGCACACAGGAGAGAAACCCUAUAAGUGUACAGAAUGUGAAAAGCAAUUUAGUGCAAGAGAUAGCUUUAUGAGACAUAAAAGGGUGCACACCGGAGAGAAACCUUAUAAAUGCUUGGAGUGUGGAAAGAGCUUCACUUGCAGCAGAUACCUUACAUACCAUAAACGGAUUCAUACAGGGGAGAAACCAUAUAAAUGCCUGGAGUGUGGAAAGAGCUUCACUCGCAGCAGAUACCUUACAUACCAUAAACGGAUUCAUACAGGGGAGAAACCAUAUAAAUGCAUGGAAUGCGGAAAAAGUUUCAGUGGAAACACACAUCUUACAGAUCAUAUAAGAGUGCACACAGGAGAGAAACCAUACGAAUGCACAGAGUGUGGAAAGAGCUUCAGUCGGAAAAGUGUGCUUAUUUGCCAUAAAAGGAUUCACACCGGAGAGAAACCAUAUGAAUGCACAGAAUGUGGAAAGAGCUUCAGUCAGAACAGUGUCCUCUUUUGCCAUAAAAGGAUCCACACAGGUGAGAAACCAUAUGAAUGCACAGAGUGUGGAAAGAGCUUCUGUCAGAACAGUCACCUUAUCAAACAUAAACGAAUCCACACAGGAGAGAAAUCAUAAAAAAGCAAGUGAACUGUAGAUUCAGGGUCAGUUGGAAGAGUCCCUUUAUAAGACAAAAUGGAAUCUAUCUGGGAAAACUAAAGAAAUGUCUGGAAUGUGGAAAUGGUUUCAAAAGGGGUCCUGCCCUUCCCAAAACAGGUCCAUUGUGGGAUACAUUAUAAUUGCUGGGAAUGCGGAGAAAGUUUGAAUACCAGCAGUGGACUUUUUGUUCAAGAAACAGGAGGGAAAAAACCCCCUAACUGAAUAUGUGAGUUUGGAUGAGCUACAUAGAUCCUAAAAAGUGGAGUGUGCAAAUACUGUAUAUUAUUGAACAUGAAAUGAUCAAUUUAGGUUAGAAAGUAUAUCAACCAAUGGAGCAAAGAAUAAUAGGACUGCCAUCUUACCAAACUGUAUAAAUGAGUGGAAUGUGGAAAGGGUAGUGAUGGCUGAAACUUCUUCAAGGUGACCUGAUAAAG